GGGAUGGAAAGUCCUUAGCUCUACUGAAGGUACUGCACACACCACAAAACCGAACACACCUUGUGUACGUACGUGAGCAGGCCAGGAAGAAGAGCAGAGGGUCGGAACUGGACUUGGAAGUUCACACAACAUCCAGGCCCAUCCUGUGUGUUGGUGAAAGCACCCUCUGAUCUCCAGUGUCCGUCUAGCAUGGGAGAGAACAUGAGUAAACCCUCCGCAAAGCCCUUUCAGGAUGUCGCCUUCUUCACUCCUUUCAAGCCCUACAACUCUCCCUCCACCAAUAACCCCCCCCCUCGACCAAGCGUCUUCUCAACCCUGAGACGGCGCCCGGUCGCCAAGCCCAAUGAUUUCAUUCCUCUCUUCAGUGACUGCAUCACGACUGCCUCUUCUCGAACUCUGGAAUACCUCCUCUUCAAGGACCCAGAGGACAAGUUCCACCCCAGCCCAGAAACCCUCACUCAGAUCUUCUUAAUGACCUACAUCUCCCAGAGCGUCAACCUCAACUUGACCGACACCUUUAACUGUACGGCCAUGACCCCCGAGCAGCGCAUCCUUCUGGGGGCUGACUGGGUGUGGGCCGUGUUGGAGAAGUCCACCAAGAACCCUCGCAUCCAGAUCGCCGUGCAAGUGCUCCACCUGUCUGACAAGGAGGGCGGCGAAGAGGACGGCCUUCUCCCAGAGACGAGCAGCGAAAGUGUCAAAAUGGCCCAGAAGGAGUCCAGCGACAAGAACAUGCACGAGAGGAUGGUGGACUUCUGCUCCUCCGUCGGCAAGGACUGCUACGCUCUCUUCUUGUUCUUCGGGAGGAAAAACGACAAAAGCAAUAUCUACGGUGUUCUCAGCAACAACUUUGAGGCGGCCAUUGAGAAGUGCAACAAGAUCGACAGAGCUCUUCUCGAGAACUUCUUCAAGGGAUCGCGGUAUCUGCACACACCCUCCGGGAUGAUGCAAUCCAUUGUCUCGAGGAACGAGGGGGACCCGCUCACCCUCAUGAUUAAAUUCAGCUGAUCCCAAGAUCCUGUCUUAAGGUCUUAAGGUGUGUAACAUCGCGUCCAAAGAAUGGUGAGUCCCAAGUUAAACAGAGUGAGUGAGUGAGUGAGUGAGUGAGUGAGUGAGUGAGUGAGUGAGUGAGUGAGUGAGUGAGUGAGUGAGUGAGCGAGCGAGCGAGCGAGCGAGCGAGCGGGCGGGCGGGCGGUUGAGUGAGUGAGUGAGUGAGUGAGUGAGUGAGUGAGUGAGUGAGUGAGUGAGUGAGUGAGUGAGUGAGUGAGUGAGUGAGUGAGUGACACAGACAGACAGACAGACAGGUUGUGGUACGUGGCUGGAAGUGUCACAGAAUUCUUCAUGUAUUUCGAUUACUCAUGGAUCAAGAUCACACUUUGAAUUUUCCCAGUCAGAUACAAAAGCAAGUUGUGUCAAAAGUACUGAGACAUGAUGGCCAGUUGGACACCGGCACGGGAAUAUUUAGUGAAGGUCACAUCAAGUUCACCUGAAACUUCAUGAUUACAUAAGAUUACAUAAUAAUUUGCAUAGGAGACCAAGUUUAUUGUGUUGCCUUUGUGAACUGCAGAAAAUAAGAAUAUAAAAAUAGUUGGUUUCUUUGAGAUUAAACGAAGCAUCCUUUCUUUUAUUAGUAACUUACUUUUUGACACAGUGCAUCCUUUUCCAUUUUUCCUCUUUGCUGUAAUUUGUGCCCUUUCUGUUGUAUUAUUACAAAGAAAAAAAAAAACUAAUUCUGUUUUUAUGGUCUAGCGAGAUCUGCUGAUGUGCCAUCACACACGAUGGUUUUCCAAGCUCCUUUGUGACCUUUGGAGAGCGAAAACUGUAUUAGCUUUGGGGUUUUGAUUUUAGUGACGUUUUAUAAUGAACACUAUGUAUCAAAUAGUCUAUAUUUUGUCUUUCUUUCUCUAUAUACUAAUUUAAGGCCCGUGAUAUUGUGUUUAUAGACUCAUGAACUUGAUUCAGGCCUUUAAGGACGUUGUUGUCAGUCUCUUUGAGUGCAAUUAGUAAAAUAUUUCUAUAAAACUAUUUUGCAAUGUAUCAAAACCCAACAUAAGGCAGAAAAGUUCAGCAAGGCUCGCUUAGAAAUGCCACCUAAAUGUGUGACCACAGCAUUGCUAAUAUUGCACAGAGGGUCCAAAUCCUCUUGUCUGAUUUGAAAAGUAACAGUUUAGUUUUAGCAAUGAGCUUUAGAAAAAAAGAUGUAUAGUUGAAUAUUUUUGCCACUGUCAUUAGACAGACUACAAUCAGUCGGUUUUUACUUUAUUUUUCUUGUUUUUGCAUGAUAUUUGAAUAAUAAUUGUAAGUAAUAUCCUUUCAACUUUCAAAGUUGAGAGGGAAUGGGCGACUGCAGUCAUCAACUAGAAAUGAUGAUGAGUAAAGGAUAUAAAAUGCAACAAAGUUUGUUCCAAAUUGUCUUAUUUUUACACGCUGCAGGUGACUGUCAUUUUUCUUUUUAUUUCACAGAACUGUUAUAAUGAGUUAAGCAAUUUGAUGAGAUAAUUGCGUUGAGCAUGUUGCAAAUAAGAUAGAAUUACCUUAAACAUAUAGCACCAAAAAUAUGGUCAACUUAAUAUUAGCAAUUGCUGUACAACUCAUGAAUUUGAAUUCUCAUUCCGAACUCUGACGCAGGAUAUAAAAAUA